AUGAAAAAUGUGAUGCGACUGUGUGUGUGGCUUCUCAUUCUGGCCUACUGGGCAACCCUUCGCUGCAGGCGGGUUUGCGAGCGAGCGGCAAGGGAUAAUUACAUCGGAGCUGCAAUCCUGUCCAGCGGUCUCCACAGCGGCCUUUCCAGCGGCCUACCCAGCGACCUACCCAGCGACCUGCCCAGCAGGGACGAGCACCCCCCCAGCCACUACAGACGAAGGAAGACAAACAACAGGAGUAGGAACCUCCUUUUCCUCAAAAAUAAGUUAAAAGAAAUUUGGGACAAAUUUACUACCAGGGGAAGCCACUAUUUCAAUAAGCCAUCCAAGGAGAAGCAAAACGGUUUCAAUUUAAAAAAAGCUAUCCACAGAUUUACUCAGAAAGGUGAGAACGAGAUCAUCACCAAGGUCGUAGUUCGAAACAGUACCGUCAUUAGUCCCACUCUCCUUUCCAAUUUACUCAAAAGAGAAAAUAUUCAAACGAUUAGGUACAAAGACAUUAACAGUGUUAUCUAUUCUCUCGUGUCCUUCGGCACGAAGUGGUUAAAGAUGAGGAAGGAGACGUUUUGA